AUGCCGCAGGACAAUCACAGCCGUAGAGUACAGAUCGGACGGUGCACAUGGAGAGGGGAGAGCGUCAGCAGUGGGAUAAUCCGCUGGGAUCGCCUCUGGUCCAAAUCCAAACCCCUCCCCCCUUUUAGCAUCGCCGCGAGGGCCAGGUGGUCUCUGCUGCGGCGGUGCCCACUCUCCUCCUCCCCGAACGUAGCGCCCACCGCGGGGCCGGGGCCCCUGGAGCCGCCGGACCUUCCCCGCCUCGCCAAGUCUGCCCGCAUAUCUCUCUCGCCGCAAGAGGCCGAGGAGUUCGCGCCCAAGAUUCAGCAGGUGGUGGACUGGUUUGGGCAACUUCAAGCGGUUGAUCUUGAAUCCAUUGAGCCUUCACUUAGAGCUGAUACUGCAGCUGGUAGUUCUUUAAGAGAAGAUAAGGCGGAACCAUUUGCUAACAGAGAUGCCAUAAUAGAAGCCCUUCCAAGUUAUGAUGAUCCAUACAUCAAAGUGCCAAAUGCACUGACCAAAGAAUGA